CACCCACAUCCCCAGUAUCUCACCAUCCCACUGACUGGAAAGAGAGCUCAGUUCAACACUGAUUUCCUGGCUGGGCAAUCACUGCUCCAAAGGUCCAUUCCUCCCUGGAUGGGUAAAGAUGUCUCUGCUUCCCUCAGACACUCAGCUCCAGCCUGUUGUGCCAUGUUCUCCAGGGACAGGGAGGAAACCAGCUCCUGCAACGGGUUCCAAUUGCUGGAAGGAAGCCCAGCAGCCCCUGCCACCAAAACUCCUAUAGUAUCACUGUUAACCACUGAGAUGGAGGGAUGAAGUCCAUCCCUGCUUAGCUGAAGGAGUUUCUCUUGAACCAUUUCCAAGCCAAUGCCUCUUUCCACCUCCAGGGAGAGCAAUAAAGGAACCACAGUAAAAAUAAACAACUCUCCCAGGUGAUAAUGCUCCACCUUCACCUCCUGCUGCAACCUGAGCUUCAGGUGGAAUGACAGAUUAAGCCCCACAGAUCUGUUUGCUCUCCAAAACUCCAGGAUCAGCUCAGAGCCUAUUCCAGCACCUCACUGCUGCCCCUGCCCUGAAUCCAGGAGAGGAGGAUUUGCACAUCCCCAGUGUGAGGGUUUGCAUGGCAGGACCUGAUCCUCCAGUUGCCCCAUCCUUGGAUGGCCCAGCCUGUGCAAGGGAUGCUCAGGGGAGAUCUGAGUUUCUGGCUCUUUGGUGGUGGAAACAGUCGAGUUUUCCCAGCCCAUUGCCACCACAAAGAAGGUGGGAUCAGUGCUCUGCUGAGCCCAGGAGACUGGCUGAGGUGAUGCAUGAGGCCAAAACCCUAUUAUCAUAGACUCAUAGAAUCCUUUUGGUUGUUAAAUACCUUUAAGAUCAUCGAGUCCAACCACUCACCUCACACUGCCAAGCCCACCGUUAACCCAUAGCCCUCAGCACCUCAUCCUACCCACAUCCUUUACCCUCCCUUCUCUACUGCUCCUACUAGGGGAAGAAAAAAACCCCAAACUACCACAAUCCAACCCAAAACCUCAUUCCUAACGCCUUCCACCUCUUUCAAAGGCCACCAGCUCUUUGUCCUAGCUGUAGCACCUCUCUCCCAGCCCUGCUGCUGAUUCCGGGAAGCGAAGGGUUAAAAGCUCCGAACUGGCAAGAACUUCCCCCAGCCCGCAGUCCCUGCCCGCAAAUGACGCGGGUGUCUGCCGCCCUGUGCCCAAAUAUGUCCAUUUCCUUCUGAAAAGAAGAAAGAGGAGGAAGGAAGAGAAUAGAAAACAAAGAAGAACCCGGUGUUUUAGGUCCAUAACCCUCUGCAGGACGGAAGGCACAGCCCCGCGCCCCCUGCCCCAUGCCGUUCCGCAAAGCCUGUGGGCCGCAGCUUGCCAAUUCCCCCACUGUGAUAGUGAUGGUUGGCCUCCCAGCCCGUGGGAAGACCUACAUCUCCAAGAAGCUGACUCGUUACCUCAACUGGAUUGGUGUCCCAACCAAAGUUUUCAACGUGGGGGAGUAUCGCCGGGAGGCCGUGAAGCAUUACAGCUCCUAUGACUUCUUCCGCCCCGACAACGAGGAGGCCAUGAAAGUCAGGAGGCAGUGUGCCCUGGCUGCCCUAAGGGAUGUCAAGCUGUACCUGACAGAGGAGGCUGGCCAGAUUGCGGUUUUUGAUGCCACCAAUACGACAAGGGAGAGGAGAGGGAUGAUCCUGAACUUUGCCAAAGAAAACGGGUUCAAGGUGUUCUUCAUCGAAUCUAUCUGCAAUGAUCCCACAGUAGUUGCCAGCAAUGUUAUGGAAGUAAAACUGUCCAGCCCUGACUACCGGGACUGUAACUCUGCUGAUGCCAUGGAGGACUUCAUGAAGAGGAUCAAUUGUUACCAGGCCAGCUACCAGCCCCUUGACCCCGAUGAUUAUGACCGGGAGCUUUCUCUCAUCAAAAUCAUCGAUGUUGGCCGCCGGUUCCUGGUCAACAGGGUUCAGGAUCACAUCCAGAGCAGGAUUGUUUACUACCUGAUGAACAUCCACGUCCAACCCCGCACCAUUUAUCUGUGUCGGCACGGCGAGAGCGAGUUCAACCUCAAAGGGAAGAUUGGAGGGGAUUCAGGCCUCUCCAACAGAGGCAAGAAGUUUGCACACGCACUGAACAAGUUUGUUCAGGAGCAGAACCUGAAGGACCUCAAAGUCUGGACCAGCCAACUGAAGAGAACAAUCCAAACAGCAGAAGCUCUCCAACUGCCCUAUGAGCAGUGGAAGGCCCUCAAUGAAAUCGAUGCUGGUGUGUGUGAAGAAAUGACCUAUGAAGAAAUUAGGGAGCAGUAUCCAGAGGAGUUUGCUUUACGUGAUCAGGAUAAAUAUUACUACCGUUAUCCUUCUGGGGAGUCCUACCAAGAUCUGGUGCAGCGCUUAGAGCCGGUCAUCAUGGAGCUGGAGAGACAAGAGAACGUCCUUGUGAUCUGUCACCAGGCUGUCAUGCGCUGUCUCCUGGCAUACUUCCUAGACAAGAGUGCAGAUGAAAUGCCCUACUUGAAAUGUCCCCUUCACACAGUGCUGAAGCUGACCCCAGUGGCCUAUGGCUGCCGAGUGGAAUCCAUCUCACUGAACAUUGAAGCUGUCAACACUCACAGGGAACGGCCAGAGGAAGCAAAGAAGGGACCUAACCCGCUCAUGAGACGUAAUAGCGUUACCCCUCUAGCAAGCCCAGAGCCCAUCAAAAAACCUCGCAUCAACAGCUUUGAGGAGCAUGUGGCUGUUUCUUCCACCCUGCCAGGCUGUGUUCCUCAGGAAGUGCCCACGCAGCUGCCUGGACAAAACAUGAACAACUCUCCGAAGCCGUUGUGACUCCGUUGGCGCUGCGGCGAGGCCCCCAGUGACACCAGCGUCCCAUCCCACCGCCAGCCAUCCCCCAGCUUGCUUCCAGACUCCUCCAUCUGCAGCCAGGCCGAGCCUCAGCUGUUCCUGCCCGUGCCCCUUCACCUGCAAACAUCUGCUGAAGUGGGAGAGCGGCGGAGGAGAGGAGCCGAGCUCCCUGGGGCCACCACCACAUCUUUAGGCUGCAGCAUUUGCUCUCCUCUCUGGCAUCCUCUUAGGCUGUAGCAAGCUGUAAAGUGCUUCUAGCUCCCAGGAGUUGUAAUUUCCCUCUGUAAGCGGUUUUGAUCUCCUCUUUUGUACAGGCGAUUGGUACCCAUCUGUCUCUGGGUGGGGUGUGUAUAUAUGUGGAUGGUACGGGGUUAGCAGAGAAAUAAGGGGAAGGGUUGGGAAGUGUAAAGGGGUUUGUUUAGCUUCUUGGGUUUGUUUUUUUAAUUGUUAUGAGUUAUUUUUCAAGAGAGGCACUGUGCUGCAGUCCUGUCUGUUGCACAUGCACAGCCUGGCCCAUAAGCACCAGGAAGGCAGUUGUGUGAAAUCCUUCACAGUGAGAACUGCUGAGUUGAACCAAAAACCACCCUCAAAAACGUGCUUGUGGGUGUUGUCUUUGUGGGUUUUAUCAAUACACCUUAAAGGGGCUUGCAGAGAAUAUGGAUCUGCUCCUCAAACUAGUCACAAGCUGCCUGUAGUGUAGGGAGAGACACAUCAGUGGUGGCUCAGGUGAUGCUUUCAUCUCUGGGAGCACCAAGGGAUGCUCUGAGUUCUGGCAUGUGUGGAUCUGGGGGGAGAUUGAGCACUAGUUGAGUGGCUGUGCCAGUACUGCAUCUGCUCUUUCCUCUGUCUUGGAGGAGAGUGGAGAUUUCAGGGGAGAGAGUUGAAUCCCCAUGUCCUCACAGGUGAACAGGCUGAGCUUAGAUGCCUUUUGCAGUCACACAGGUCUCAGGGAGGUGGCCAGAUGUCUGGCUUGGGAUGCAGGAGUCACUGUGUGCCUGCAAAAAGCCACAUGCACAGUUUUUGUCUGUGUUCUCUUAAUUUACUAUAUCCAUGCACACAGGGGGGUGUGUGUGUGUACAACUACAAACUGCUUGGUUUUUUGCACUUUAUUUGUGGCAGGAGCAUAACUAUUUUAGUUUUUUCAAGUCAUGCCCCUUAGGGGGGAAGCCUGAAUACAGGCAACUUGUUUUGUUUUGUUUUUUAAUUAUAUUUUGCAUGCUGGAAAGCUGAGACUACAAAAAUAAUAGUAGUUACAGUGUUCAAGGGGUGUGAGUGUUGUGUGUGUGUGUGUUGAAUGGGGAGAGAUCCUGACUUCAACUCCAUCAGCAGCUCCCAGUGGUUUCAUAUGUGAGAUUUGCUUCUUGGCAGCCUGUCCCAGGCUGUGAGACACACUUAAAAAUGACAAUUAACCACUAUUGUGCAAAAGUCUGUGGAUUUGGGAUUUUUAUGUGAGGUGGAGUUGGGUUUCUUUGUUAAGGCUUUGGGUUGGUUUUAUUUCUCACUCUUGAUGCACAGCAUCUUCAUCCCCAUCUCAUGCUUUUUUGCCUGCAUGGCUGAGCUGGAGGCAGGAGGUGAAAGCAGCUUAAGCCUUCCUGCAGCCCUGGGCUGGGGAGUUGGAGAUGGGGCAGCCCUUUGGUUUCAUCCUUCCCAUGACUUUCCCCAACAACAUCCCUACAGAUAGGAGCAGAGAGGUUUGGAGAGAGGGUUUUUUUCCCCUUCUUUAUGUGUAUGGGUUUUUUUUUU